AUGGCUGAAUGUAACUCAGCCAACUUUCCUAUGGAACACAAGCCUCAGUUGACCAAAGAAGGUGAAGGGAAGGACGUGAAUCCAACAUUGUAUCAAAGACUUAUCGGUAGUUUGCGGUAUCUUCUUCAUACUCGUCCCGAUCUUGGUUAUUCAGUAGGUGUUUUGAGCAGGUACAUGGAGAAACCUAAAGAGAAUCACAUGGCAGCCAUCAAGCAAGUAUUGAGAUAUGUCAAAGGAACCAUUCAGUUUGGUUUGAAGUAUCAUAAAGGAAGAGACAGUGAGAUAGUCGGGUAUAGCGACAGUAGAUUCGAGACUGAUUUGGAUGAUAGGAGAGGCACAAUGGGGACUAUGUUCUUUUACUCAGGAAACUUGGUGUCUUGGACGUCCCAAAAGCAAAGAACAGUGGUUCUUUCGUCUUGGCUAUUGCGCUUACGAAGAAUCUGGUGUGUUUCACGGUAG